CGCAGGCACUUCCGCCCCAGGAGGACGCCGUAGCAGCCAUCUUUUCCCUGAUUAUGGUGUCUCAGGCCUGCCAUUCAAACUUCGCCUGAAACGCACCUGGGGCCCGCAGCCACGAGACUUUCAUUUGGGGAGAAAGAGGAGGAGCGGCUAAAAACAGAGCCCUGACUUCUCAAGAAGCCCCACACAGCGGGGGAGGCAGCAGAGCUCCAUUCUGUCUCUCUAGGAUUCUGUUUCCCUGGAAGGAAAGAAUAUGAGCAUGUUCAAGGAGGCGGUGACAUUCAACGAUGUGGCUGUGGCCUUCACAGAGGAGGAGCUGGGACUGCUGGACUCUGCACAGAGAAAGCUGUACCAGGAUGUCAUGUUAGAAAACUUCAGGAACCUAGUCUCUGUGGGACAUCAACCCUUUAAACGAGAUAAAUGGCAAAUAGAAAGAGAAGAGAAGCUUUGGCUGAUGAAGACAACAACCCAGAUAGAGAGAAAUGUGGGAGGAAACAAUCAGGAUGAGCUGAGGAAUUUUCAAGACAAAGGACCACAUGAAGAGCUGUCCUGCUGGCAAAUCUGGCAACACAUUGCAAAUGACCUAACCAGAUGUCAAAACUCCAUGAUAAAUAGUUCUGAGUUUCACAAACAAGGUGAUUCCCCCUGCCAGCUUGGGGCAGAACUCUCUAUUCAGAUUUCUGAGGAGGAGAACUGUGGGCUAAAUUGUAAAGUGGAUGGUCCUAAUCGUACUGAAAACUCAGACUUUGCAAUUUUGAGAGUCCAGGACUCAUGGAGGAAAACUUUGACUGAAUCACAGAGUUACCGGAAUAGAUAUCAGCAGAUUUCCAUGAAAAAUAAGCUGUGUCGGUGUAAACAGAAUAUUGAUGUUGUCAGUUGGAUUUCACAUCACCUUGAUCAUGGGAUACACAGAAGUGACAAAUCUUACAGCCAUGAUGAUUGUCAGAAAGGCAGCAUGAAGGUUUCAGCAUUAGACCAGGAGAGUAUGAUCCACAUGAGACAAAAACCUUACCAGUGUAAUGAAUGUGAAAAAACCUUCAGUGAUCUCUCCACCUUUGAUCUUCAUCAGCAGUUACACUCAAAAGCAAAGUCCCAUAUGUGUAGUGAGUGUGGAAAAGGCUUCCGUUAUAGCUCAGUUCUUCGUAUUCAUCAGAGAGUUCACAUGGGAGAGAAAGGCCAUAAGUGUGGUGAGUGUGGUGAGGAAUUCAGUCAGAGCUCACUUCUACAAACCCAUCAGAAAGUCCACACUGUAGAGAAGCCUUUCAAAUGUGAGGAGUGUGGGAAAGGCUUUGUUCGUAGAUCAGCACUUACUGUUCAUUGCAAAGUCCACACAGGAGAGAAACCUUAUAAUUGUGAGGAAUGUGGGAGGGCCUUCAGUCAAGCCUCUCAUCUUCAGGACCAUCAGAGGGUCCACACUGGGGAGAAACCAUUCAGAUGUGAUGCAUGUGGUAAAAGCUUCAGUCGGAAUUCACAUCUUCAGUCCCACCAGAGAGUCCAUACAGGAGAGAAACCAUAUAAAUGUGAAGAAUGUGGGAAGGGCUUCAUUUGUAGCUCAAAUCUAUACAUUCACCAGAGGGUACACACAGGAGAAAAACCGUACAAAUGUGAGGAGUGUGGUAAAGGCUUUAGUCGACCUUCAAGUCUUCAGGCCCAUCAGGGUGUUCAUACUGGAGAGAAAUCCUACAUAUGUAAUGUGUGUGGUAAAGGCUUUACUCUGAGUUCAAAUCUUCAGGCACAUCAGAGAGUCCACACAGGAGAGAAACCAUACAAAUGCGAUGAGUGUGGGAAGAGCUUCAGGAGGAACUCCCAUUAUCAAGUUCAUCUAGUAGUCCACACAGGGGAGAAACCCUAUAAAUGUGAGGUAUGUGGGAAGGGCUUCAGUCAGAGUUCAUAUCUUCAAAUCCAUCUGAAGGCGCAUAGCAUAGAGAAACCUUACAAGUGUGAGGAGUGUGGGCAGGGCUUCAAUCAGAGUUCCCGACUUCAGAUUCACCAGCUGAUCCACACUGGUGAGAAGCCAUACAAAUGUGAAGAGUGUGGAAAGGGAUUCAGUCGUCGAGCAGAUCUCAAAAUUCAUUGCAGAAUCCACACAGGAGAGAAACCAUAUAAUUGUGAGGAGUGUGGGAAAGUAUUCAGGCAGGCCUCAAAUCUUCUGGCCCAUCAGAGAGUCCACAGUGGAGAGAAACCAUUCAAAUGUGAAGAGUGUGGGAAGAGCUUUGGUCGCAGUUCACACCUUCAAGCCCAUCAAAAAGUCCACACAGGAGAAAAGCCGUACAAAUGUGAGGAGUGCGGGAAGGGCUUCAAGUGGAGCUUGAAUCUUGACAUGCAUCAGAGGGUCCACACAGGAGAGAAACCCUACAAGUGUGGGGAGUGUGGUAAGCACUUCAGUCAGGCCUCGAGUCUUCAGCUUCAUCAGAGUGUCCACACUGGAGAGAAACCAUACAAGUGUGACGUGUGUGGGAAGGUCUUCAGUCGCUCUUCACAGCUACAAUCUCAUCAGAGAGUUCACACAGGAGAGAAACCUUACAAGUGUGAGACAUGUGGUAAGAGCUUCAGCUGGCGAUCAAAUCUUACCAUUCAUCACAGAAUCCAUGCUGGUGAUAAAUCCUAUAAAAGUAACAGGAGUGGUAAGAACAUCAUAGAGUCCACACAGGAAAAUAGUUCUAUAAAAUGAUUUUUUUUAAAGAAAA